UGUGUGUGUGUGUGCACGCGCGCGCGUGUGUAUGUGUGUGUGUGGAUCAGGGUGGGGUGUUGCGCAUGCACGGUGGCUUUGGCCGCGUAAAUCUCCAUCAGUGUCUGUCUGGAGCGUCCUGCCUCUGCGCCGGAGCAAGAGAGAAGAGCCCGUCACCUGAAACCGAGGGGAAAUUCAUCAUCCACCUUUAGCAUCUCUUCAGGAUUGUCUGGAAACAUUCCACCAUCGCAUCCGGGUUGUUUUGUGCCGACGGCGGCGGGUGUCAUUGAGCUGCGGGGCGUCGCUUCUCCAAACGCGCUUCGGGAACCAUUACGCGUGCGGAUCUCCAGCCAUCAGCGCAGAGAUGUCAGGAUACCAGGGCAAAAAGAACAUCCCUCGCAUCACUAGUGACCGUCUUCUAAUCAAAGGUGCGAAGAUAGUGAACGAUGAUCAGUCUUUCCAUGCUGACAUCUAUAUGGAGGAUGGAGUCAUCAAGCAAAUCGGUGAAAACCUCAUAGUUCCUGGUGGCGUGAAGAUCAUCGACGCCCACGGCAGGAUGCUGAUACCAGGUGGCAUUGAUGUUCAUACCCGCUUCCAGAUGCCCGACCGGGGCAUGACAGCCGCUGACGACUUCUACCAGGGCACACGAGCUGCUCUCGCUGGCGGCACCACUAUGAUCAUCGAUCAUGUGGUCCCGGAGCCCGGCGUUAGUCUGAUCGCUGCCUUUAAUCAGUGGAGGGAGUGGGCCGACCACAAGUCCUGCUGUGAUUACUCUCUCCAUGUGGACAUCACGGAGUGGCACAAGGGCAUGCAGGAGGAGGUCGAGGCGCUGGUCAAAGAUCACGGCGUCAACUCUUUCCUGGUCUACUUGGCUUACAAGGAUAUUUUCCAGCUAAAUGACUCUCAGAUGUAUGAGGUGUUCAGCGUGAUCAGGGACAUGGGAGCCAUCGCCCAGGUGCACGCAGAGAACGGUGACAUCAUUGCUGAGGAGCAGAAGAGGAUUCUGGGAUUAGGUAUUACUGGUCCAGAGGGACACGUCCUGAGCCGCCCAGAGGAGGUGGAGGCCGAGGCCGUCAACCGGGCUGUGACCAUCGCCAACCAGACCAACUGUCCGCUCUACAUCACCAAAGUGAUGAGCAAGAGUGCUGCUGAUGUCAUCGCCCAGGCUAGGAAAAAAGGUACCGUGGUGUACGGGGAGCCCAUCUCCGCCAGCCUGGGGACAGACGGCACUCACUACUGGAGCAAGAACUGGGCCAAAGCUGCAGCCUACAUCACAUCUCCACCCCUCAGCCCUGACCCCACCACCCCGGACUAUCUCAACUCCCUGCUGGCCUGUGGUGAUCUGCAGGUGACUGGCAGUGCCCACUGCACCUUCAACACCUCCCAAAGGGCCGUUGGCAAGGAUAAUUUCACCCUGAUCCCAGAGGGAACUAACGGCACUGAGGAGAGAAUGUCCAUCAUCUGGGACAAGUGUGUGGUGACAGGUAAGAUGGAUGAAAACCAGUUUGUGUCUGUGACGAGCACCAACGCUGCCAAGAUCUUUAACCUGUACCCACGGAAGGGCCGUAUCGCCGUGGGCUCUGAUGCUGACCUGGUGCUCUGGGACCCCGACGCCACCAAAAUCAUCUCUGCUAAGAGUCACCACCUGGCAGUGGAGUACAACAUCUUUGAGGGGACUGAGGUGCGUGGAGCUCCGCUGGUGGUGAUCAGCCAGGGGAAGAUCGUCCUAGAGGACGGGAACCUGCACACCACUGAGGGUUCUGGACGCUACAUCACCCGUAAACCCUUCCCAGACUACGUCUACAAGAGGAUAAAGGCCCGCAGCAGGCUUGCUGAGCUGCGCGGAGUCCCACGAGGUCUUUAUGACGGUCCAGUGUGUGAGGUCACUGUGACACCUAAGAUCAUGACCCCUGUCACUUCUGGUAAGACUUCUCCAAUCAAAACUACUCCUCAACCAGUUCGCAACCUGCACCAGUCUGGAUUCAGCCUGUCUGGGGCUCAAAUUGACGACAACGUCCCUCGUCGUACCACUCAACGCAUUGUGGCGCCCCCAGGUGGCAGGGCCAACAUUACCAGCCUGGGAUAAAAUAAUUUACUCCACAGAGGAAAAUAAAGGAUGGGGUGGGAUGGGAUGGGGGGUUAAAGAAACUUGGGCUUUUUCUCCGGGACUGGUCCAAGCAUCUGGACAUGCGUUCCAACAAGCACACCUCCACUUCCUCCAACACUUCAGUCCGUUCACCCACCCCCAACCCCCAUCCUUCUAGCAUCCUGUUCUUUGAAUGUGUGUUGCUUUGAUGAAUACGCUUCAGGAUGACUUGGCAUUAAACUGGGUUAUGUGCUGGAAUAGUUGGCUAUGUUCAGACUAGCAUACUACUAAUUCUUCAGUAUGUAUACUAUUCAUAGUACGAGAGUUUUCUGUGUGCACUGAACCACCUACUACAUUUUGCAAAAUGUGCAACAGCAUAUUGCACUACGUACUGUAUCCCAUAAUGCAAUGCAACCAUCCAUUUCACAUGUGACGAAUGAACUGGAAAUAAUAUCAGCAUCUUUUUUGUAAUUUUCUUAUUUAAUCAGUAUAUAAAUUAGGAUUUUCUUUACAUGCAAUUAGAUUCAAAUGCAAAAUAAAUUAUUUAUUUCCGCCUUGAUAAAUGUGACGUAAACAUGCAAUGCAAAAAUUUAGUUUUUUUGCCAAGUGUUUCUGAAACUUAGUAAGCUACGUUCAAAGAACAGGAACUAGUACUCUAUCCGUCAUUUGCCUCCAUACUUUAAUGUUUUUAUUUGUUUGCAUUCUGGAAAAGAACAGCACAAAACUCCCGCCUGUAUUGUUUAGUAUUAAAGGUGCAAUAUGUAAGAAUUUUGCAGUAAAAUAUCCAAAAACCAGUAGUUAUAUAUUUUGUUCACUUGAGUACUUACAAUAUUCCAAAUGUUUCCAACCAUUUGUAAAUCGUGAGAAAAUUGCAGUUUUAACCAAGGAUUCGGGACGUGUGAGUCGCCUGUCAGUUGCGUCAUACCCACGUUACCCUCGGUUUCCGGUUUAAUUUUGUAGAAACCAUGGAAACACCAAAGAUGCUUUAAUAUAUUACAUGUUUUAAUAGACAAGGGAACAACUGUUUUGAUAUAUUUAUAGACA